AUGGGUCUAUGUUGCAGCCGCGCGAAGCUGCCACCCCACCUUGCAGUGAAGUACUCUGCAGCUUGUCCACCGAUAAAUGGUGAUGACUUGCAGGAUUCAGAACAGCUCCACCAGUCCUGCGAGUUUAACCGCUCUUUUGACAACAGUCUGUGGCUGUUCUCAAGAGCAUGGCAGCCACGUGAGAAGUCCGUCUGGGCAACGCUGAUGAUAAUUCAUGGCACGGUUGACCAUUCAGGGGUCUAUGCGGAGUUGGGUGAGUUCUUGGCGAUGCAGGGCGUGGCGGUCUUUGCCUCUGACAUGCGUGGCUGGGGUCGAAGUGAUGGUGAAGCGCUGUAUGUGGAUAGUAUCGACUCGUUCAUGGGAGACAUCCUGUCUGACUACCAGCGCAUACAUAGUUCUGGCUCACCGUAUGCGCAUGUUACAUCACGCUUUCUUCUUGGCAAGAGCAUUGGAGGUUUGUUUGCGGCCUGGACAGCAGCACAGCACCGCGGCAAGUGGACCGGCUUGAUUGGUUUGUCGGGCGCUUUUCAAAUCGAUCCCUCGGUAAAGCCGUCGGCCGCAGCUUUGACACUCGUUCGGGCCAUUGCCAGCUGCGCACCGAAGCUUGGACUGAAACCGCCCUUCGAUCCGAAGCUCAUCGUGAGCGAUUCGGGGGCCCUUGAAGCCUGGGAGCGGGAUCCCCUGGUGAGUCGUGGCAAGUUGACAGCAGGCUACAUCCUGGAAAUGCUUCGACUUCAGGAAAUUCUUCCAGACCAGCUCACGCUUUCGAUUCCGGUUCUGAUGUUGUGGGGCACCGGCGACAAGGUUGUCACAGAAGCCGGCCAUACCUUGGUCCUGGAAGCAUCUAAGUCUCCGGCAUCACAGUUCCUGCGCUACCAAAGCGGAUUUCACAACCUCCUCGCAGAGCCCAAACUCAAGGAGACUGUAACGUUUGACAUGGACGUCGACCAGGCCAUUUGGCUGCUUGCGGUGCGAAUGUCGCACCGGCACUGCCGCCUGGCGCCCAGCCCCCAGCCGAAUUCUGUUGACGCGCUCAACCAGAAUCGUCCUCUCGUGCCGUCUGCUGACACCGAUGAGCCCUCGGAGGCUCGGCAAGACUUCUGCGGCAAGAUCUUUAUCGAACUAUGGUCUGAGGACCCUGACGGGUUUCCAAUGCCGGAUGGAUGUUACUACAGCGAGGACGACACAGAUCCAACCAUGAUAGUCAAGCAGCUCCACAUUCUCUUCAGUGAGAGGAACCACUUGAAGAAGAACACAAGGUACAUGGCCAUUACCAACAUGAACGUCCUCGGGGAGUUGAGAUUUGAUUUUCCACAAGACGGUGCGGUUUGGGUUUGGUCCAUGGAUGAUGCCUUCAACAACCCAUUUGGCGUGAUCGAGAAGGGUGCCGCCUAUCCCGCUCCGGAGACACGGGUGCCGCCAAGAGACACGCUGGGUGAUCCGCAAUUCAGCCAGGUAGGCGAUCCUCGCUUUCAUGAUGAAGGUGCAAUUCCCCGUGGAUUGCGACUGCUUGGAACAAACGGUGCCCUCAUCGAGGAGAUGCUGACCUUCUGCAUACCGCAUGAUGAGAAAAACCCCAGCGUGUCACCCUCGAUCGACAAUCAGUGCAAAGUCUGCUUCAGUGAAGAGGAGUGUGGAAAUGGAGGCAAUGGUGUCCCGCCUGAUCCAUCACUCAGCUUUUGCCGAUCGCCCAUUGAUCUCAAAUGCCCUCAAGCGAACGGCAACUUGCUCAACGUGCCAGCCUUUGCUUUCGAGCUGACGGCCAAGCUUGGUUACCCGAUCACUCCGCAGUCCGUGCUCCGCCUCUGGCUCCAUCCGCUGACUCAGUGGAACAUUGGUCCAUCGUGCCAGGUGGGCUUCUUUGCAGGAGGCUGUACGCCACCAGUUCCCGGAGGAACGUGCUCCAGUCCGAUUUGCCAGCCGGAGUCCGUGGUCGGUGGUACGGUUGUGGGCAUCGCGUCGUGGCCCAUCAACACCUUGAGGAUCAUUCUCCCCAACAUCAUGGCUCAAAUCACGGACACCAUCACCAUGGCCAUGGAGAUUGGAAACUUGCCACUGCCUGCUGGCGGCUUCUUUCCGACAGUGGUCACGGCUGAGAUCACAAAAGAUGAUGGAUUUGCCCCUGACUACUGGGACAUCCCAAAGGCACUUGCAGUUGCUACGGUCCAGGGUGGAAGUGCACGCCUCUACAAGAAGCCACAGAUUCUGGCAGCAUCGCUUGUGUCGAAGGUUGGCGACGGAAAUCAAGCCCCCUUCAAAGCUGAUGAUGGCAACAGGAUUUACGCCCGCCUAGUGUUCGGAACGACGUUCUAUGGAUUUGGCAACUUGGUGGAGAUUAACUUCAAGCUUCCAGUCGGUUACGCUUGCUCAAUGACGCAGCAGGGUGGCAGUGUUCCCGAUUUGGAACUUCUGGCCAACAUGUUCCCAUCCACAAAAGGUCGACUGGGCGGCAAACUCACCGAAGUCCGAUAUCGGAACAUACCAGCCACACCCGACGUUAUGUGCCAGCUCACUCUCUUGGCUGACAUGAUCGUCUAUGCCAGAACUGUGUACUUCGUCGAAUUGGUUGUUGACAAUCCGACUGCAGCACUCAAGAGAGAUGACCCGACCAACACAUGGUCUGUGGGAGUGGUCCACGGUGGCUUCAAUCCCGCCGAAAUCAUUGAGGACAAAACUCUCUCAGCGCAGCAGCUGUCGUUCUGCCCAGCCCCGCGCCAGACGUUGUUCUGCUUGGAAGACCUGGGAAACGACUACGCUGGUUCGCUCUCGGUGCUUGGAAAGCUGUCAGACUUCUUCAUUGCGCCGUCUCAGUACGGUGUGGGGCAGCUGAACGCCUUGUCAGUCUUCUUCAUGACCGAGCAAGAGGUCGGCUCGUUGACCAGCGUGGAGACGGAGAUUUGGGUUGAUGCGCCAUCUGGUUUUGAUUUCGGCAUGUAUUGUUCAGCCGCUCCUCUCGACCCGAUUUACUACAUUCCAGAAGGUCGUGGCACUUCGCCACUGCCGACGGGAGACCUCAUCCCUUGUGUUGGUGCACCAACUUCGGAAUCCGAGCUGACCUACAAUCGGGCCAAGCUCUCAACAACAGGCCGUUUGUUGAGGCAAACCUUCUACGGCUUUCAAGUCCAAGUGCAAAACGCCGCGAUCUACGUCCGAACCCAGCUCGAUGAAUGGCGUCUCUGGACAUAUGUCAAAGCAACCGGCUAUGGAGUUGAUGGUACCUACGAAACGGCUCGAGUCAAUGAGCGUGUGCCAGUGGGCCCAGACACGAGCUGGGGCAUGUAUCUGCAGGGCAUGCCGGCUGAGAACUUCCAGGUGGCCUUCUCUACAUCGCGACCAACCGUGUCAGGGGUUCCUCCAGCAGACAUCACCGUCCUUCCCAUCAUUGUGUCGUUUCCCACGACCCGGGCCAUCCGAGUCACGGCACCUGCCGGCUACGAGUGGGACUUCGAUCAAGUGGACUUUCGGUAUCAGGCGCCGGGUGUCGGAGUAAAUCCUCUCAAUGUGGUCGAAGGAGCAGAGGCUGAUAUUCCUAUCAGCGGCAAGCCUGCGCGUCCGAACUCAGAGCCGAAAAACGUUCUCACGAUGGACUACAUGCAGCUGCCAUGGACGCCUGGCGUUAUCUAUGGCUUCGCUUGCAAGAUCAGGAUUCCCAUGGUGCCCCCAACUGGCUCGGCCAAUCAGUUCACCAUCGAGUUCGGAUACAAUGAGGACCUGUUGACCAACCGGUUGGAAGCGGGCACAGCGGCUGCCCCUGUCGUCCAGCGCUUGAUCAAUGGCGCCAUCACCUAUACAACCAGCAUUAUGAAUAUGCCGGUGGACAUUACCUUUACCUUGCGCACCGUCACGAGCAUACCGGAAGGUGGCGGGCUGGUGAUCAUCGGGCCUCCAAACUUUGUCUUCCAGCAGUUCUGCCAGCCGAAACCUGCCACCAGCUCGCCGGAAUUGCCGUACGAUUCCACUUGUCUUUAUGCUCAAAUCACUGCCACCGGGCAGCCGAGGAUCUCCAUCAUCGCCGGCCCAGAAGGGAUCCCUGGCAUGACCUACAAGUUUGCUCUCGCGGCAACCAACCCACCACAGGCAGUGCCGCUGGAUCAAGCUGGCAUCUGGACACUGCUUUCAUAUAGUCUGAUCAGCGAAGAGAUUGUCCUGGACCAGAACACGACGAUUCCGGGGUAUGCAGUCGCACGUCCGAUGGUGUCCGCUGGACUGGUCAUGCAUCCACGAGUUGAUUGUACUUUCACAACAUUGGAGGAGAGAGCCAUCGAUGCAACGCUGCCAGAAACGUUCUGUGAUUUCGAGCAUUGGCAGUUCUACCCCCCUAGGGGCUACCGUGAUGAUCGACCGAAUCGACCUACACAGCUAAUCUUCAAAAUGCAGCUCGGAACGCAGGUGGACGUCACCAGUGUGAUGACAGUGCGGGCACCGGAGGGCUAUGUCUUCGACGCUGAAUGCCGUGUUGUCACCAAGCCUUCCUCGCGGAUAUUCAACGACUCUGCAGUGGACGGAGUCUUGCCUUCUGUGCCGGCCAAUGUCCCGCUUGAUCCGGGACUUCCUUAUACGGUCCGAGGAUAUGCUCAGCGAUACAAUACCUGGCCGGAUGCUGUCGACACCCAAAGCUGCCUCGGCCGGGAGAACGAGGCUCGGAUCACAUGGACAGCAGGUCUCGCACUCUUCAACACAUAUCUGUUUCGACUUUCAGUGCUUCGCAAUCCACCAGUGACGCCCGAGUACAACUAUUUCCUGUUGGAGUACAAUGGUGAGGCUUCGGAACCCUUCCCCGGCAUAGAUAUUUGGGCCUUUAUGAACACGACCAUCAUUCCCACCACCACAGCUGCAUCUCGUUCAGACUACCAGACACCGAACGAGGUGACGAUACAGCUUCGCCCGGUCAACGCUGUUCCAAAUGGAGGCCAUCUGAGGGUGACCGCGCCCAGUGGCUUCCUGGUGCCGACGGUUUGCGUCAUGUCAUUGAGGGUGCAUGAGUCGGAAAUGCCCAACAUCUCAGCGUUUGCUCCGGGACCUGAGCGCGCUCAGCUACUACAAUGGGCCGAGUUUCUGCCUAGUCACUUGGUGUGUCAGGGCGACCAGACACCGUCUAGCCGUGGCAGGCUGCUGCUGACGCAGGACAUGAAGUACCUGAGAAAGGGUGUGCUGUACGUCUUGACGCUGGAGGUAUCAAAUCCGCAGACGACGUCCGCGACCCCGGAAGACUGGCAUGUGCAAUCGUAUGAAGACUUGACCGUCAACAACAUCAUUGACGAGAGUUAUAUCCCUGGGUUUAUCAUCAACACGGCCGUUCAGUCUUUUGCGUUCCUGGCCCCGGAGUCCACCAACGCGUUGAUCAAGCACAGGCUGGACUUCAACAUGUCAUUUCCAGACAUUGUUGCCAUUGGGGACCGCCUUCAAAUUGUGGCCCCUGUGUCCUACAUGUUCAGCGAACCGGGAGAUCGCCGUUGCCCCCAGUACGUCUUCCUGGAUGGUGCAAUGACGAAGACAGUACCAAGCUGCAGUGCAAACACCAUAAACUGGCAUCUCAUGGAUGAGUCCAUCCCAGCUCAGAGUCCGGUUCGCUUCAUGGUCCAAGUCCAGAAUCCGCCACAGACGCCGGUCAUCAACCUUUUCCAAGUGCGCCAGAUGGAUGCAAACGGGACUGUUAAGACUUCCCGAAUGAUAUCGGGCUACGAGAUCGUCCCAGAACUCGUCAAUCCAAUGGUACGUCAGGAUCCUGCCAUUUUCCCGUGCCGUAUCGACGUGAACUUGGUAACCGGAUUGCCAUGUGAGGGCACUGGGUCCUUUUCGGCGGCGGUCAUCAGCUUCACCGCCUCCAGAAGUGCAGAGCUGGUGUCCAUGCAAGCCCAUGUCAACGGCGAGUCUUAUGAUUUCACCAAUGCUCGGUUCGGUGAUGGAAUUGACGGCCCCAUCGUUGUGUAUGGCAGAGACGAGAAGAUCGUUGUCGUGGAGAUGAUGGUGCACAACGGUGUUCAAGCAAGCAUCACCGUUCACAACGUGCGGAAUCCGAUGACGCCCGGCAUUUCCAAAUGGAGCGUGACAACAUACGUCAAGGGUCCAAUUCCUGGAGUUCCGACGACAACCACCAUAAUGCCAGUCGUGGCGUGUUCUACAACAGGAGGGGUAUGUGGCAUGUUCCCACAAGCGGAAGCAAGACGAGAUGAAAAGCUCGACCUUGACGGCAUGGCUGUGCUCGGAUACAUCAGUGCACUCUCGAACUCGUUCAUAAAUCCUAUCUAUUAUGGAGUGAACGAUGCCCUGGUGACGUUCGAAUUGCGUGGGGAGACGCCACAUGAAGUCAACGAUGUGCUUGUGAUACAAAGACCUCCAGGCUACACAAUGCAUGAGGGAGGCUUGCGGGCUCUGAGAUCUGUCAGCUUUGGAGAGAAUGGUUUAGAUUUUCGGCGGCAGUGGAGUACUGACUUCAACAAUCCCGAGGACUACUUUGCCGUUCUGACCCAGCCGGUGCCCGCCGGGACCACAAUCCGAUUUCAGCUUGGUGUGGCAUCGCCACCUCUCGCAGAAAAGGUGAUGAACUGGUACUUCAGAACGUGGAGGGUGGAGCCGCUGGUUGACGAGGAUGGAGCCGUGGUCGACGCCUCCAUGCCCAUCUAUCCCUGGAUCGGCCGAACAAUCACGGCAACAGGAACCAGCGACGGUGCCUUCAGUGGCUUCCUACUUGUGGGGCAAGUGCCCUUUUCGGUGACCCCCUCGUUGCAAACACCAGGGGCCGAGAUCAAGCUGACCAUCAAUUUCGGUGUGGCAGAUGGUGUGGAAGCCGAUGAAAGCGUUAGAAUGGAGGUCACUGCACCGGAAGGCUUUGUCUUUGCCGACUCCUGUCGAUAUGGUGGAAGCCCCAUCUUCUCGAAGUGCACCGGCUUCUUGAACCAGGCGACUUUGGUCACGGCACGUCCCAGGCUGCGUGGGUCGGACAUCACGGUAGACCUUCGAGUCAGCAACCCUGGAUUGACACCCUCGCCGAACUACUUCUAUGUGGCCCUUUUCCAAGAUGAGAGCAGUCAGUAUGUACGGUGGUCGCAGGCUUUGAGCUAUGAGAUCAUGGGCAUGGGCGUCGUAUACAAAGGCAACAAUCAGCUGGGGGAGGCAGCCUCUGGAUUCUUCACAUUCACACCUGUGCGGCCUUCCCCGUCUCCGGUGGUGCAUAUUGUUGUUACACCACCGCCGAAUGCUGGUUUCCGUGUACUGUGCACCGGGAUCAGCCCGCUUGGCUUCGUGUUCAUGCCUAGCUGCGAGUCUGGUGCAGUGAACGAUCCCCUGACGCUCCGUUUCUCAAACGCUAGUCUUGACGCGGGCAAGGCUUACACCGUUGGUGUUCGGGUCCUGAACCCCGGUGGACGCCCGCCAGAGGCGACAAACUACUGGGGCAUCUCCUUGCAGGACCAUAGCAGGGACACCUUCGAUGCGAAUCUUCGAAUUCCCGGGCUGGACCUGAAGUCCAUUCCGAUUCGGUGCAAUGGACUUGGUUGGACAAAUGCCGACCCGCGGGUGUUGGCAUACGUGCUGAUCCAGAUUCGAGUGCUCCACGAGAUCCCUGCAGGAACGCUACAGAGAUUCACGGUGCGAGCGCCGGAGGGCAUCAUGUUCAAUGAAGAUCCAGCGAAGGUGAGUGUGCUGCCGAAGCCGCUUCCCUUGCGACUGGCGAUUCCCACUCAAGUUGCUGGCGAUCUUCUGUCGCUUUACCUGGAUGAGAUGGCGCUGGUGGAAGUUGGUACUUACAACAUUCGCUUCGAGGUGAGCAAUCCAACCGUCUACCCGCACGACAACACCUGGUCCAUCUUUGCGAUGAAAGACAUCACAAUGGAGUUUGUCCACGUAAUGACAGGUUACUACGAGGGUCAAGCAUCUCCGUUCGACAUAAAUGUCGCAGCGCAAGCCCGAACGAACGCUGCUGGCCACGGGGCGCGAUUCUCGCUCCUGCUGAUCCUCAUCGUCUCAGUCAGCCGAAUCUUUGUCGACCUGUCGGCGCGAAUAUAG